AUGGGGGUUGACGAAGUUGCUUUGGUAGGGAAGGGCAUUUUUCUGGUUAGGUUCACUACCAUGGAGAAUUGUGCUAAGAUACUUCAAGGGGGUACUCAGUUUUUUGAUUCCAAGCCUCUUAUUUUGAAACCCUGGUCACCUGACAUCAAUUAUGCUAAGGAGGAUGUAAAAACCCUUCCAAUAUGGAUUAAACUAUCUGAUUUAGAUGUGAAGUAUUGGGGUGACAAAAGCAUGUUUAAGAUUGCUGGCCAAGUAGGUACUCCUAUUAAGGUGGAUCAAGCAACAAUGCAUAGAGACAAACUGAUGUUUACGAAAAUUCUGGUUGAUGUGAAAAUUGACCAACACUUCCCUUCUGUGAUCCAGUUUGUGAAUGAAAAGGGAGUUAUUGUGGAUCAAAAGGUUACUUAUGAUUGGUUACCACAUUCAUGCACUAAUUACAAAGGAAUUGGUCAUAAAGCUGAGGUGUGUAAACAAGCCAAAAAGCAGCCUAAAACAAAGAAAAUAUGGGUGCAGAAGGUUGCACCACAUAGCACUUAG